UUUUUAAAACUAAUGCGGCGCCAAGGGUAUGAUGAGGAUGUGCUCUUUACGGUCCCAACAAUUGUGUAGAGGGGCUGGCCCCUACGAUGACAUCUGAUGGAAUUCGAGAGCUAUAAUUAUAACUGUCUCACAUUCUAUUGUGAAAGAAGGAAAUGAACACAAAUUGGGUAAGCAACGUCAGGAUUAUGUGGUAGCAAUGAUAUGGAGCUACAUGAGAAACGGAUGGUUUUCCACUAAUCCUAUUGUGAAUCGUUCCCUCUUUGUCCUUCUCACCAAACAUGUCAUCGACACUAGUUUUUUCGAAUUUUACCGCUUCCGACCUCACUGUUUAAUUCACUCUUUACCAUCAGCUUCCAACUUCUCGAAUGGUUUGAGGAACGAACUCUCUACCCACUUCAUUCACUCCAAUUUGAUCAAGAAAGGUUCUCUUCAACGGGAAGUAAGUUAUCUUUUGAGUCUCUAUAUGAAGUCACGGCUCGUGGGUGAUGCACGCAAGUUGUUUGACGAAAUACCCCAAAGAGACGUUCGAACGUGGACCGUUAUGAUUUCGGGCUUUGCUCGAAAUGGGUGUUCUAGAGGGGCGUUAGGUCUGUUUUCUGAGAUGCUUCAAGAAGGUGUUGUUCCUAACCAAUUCACUUUUUCGAGCAUUUUGAAGUGCUGUUCUAGUUUGAACGACCUUUGGAUGGGUAAAGCGAUUCAUGGUUGGCUGCUACGUAAUGGGAUUGAUGUGGAUGUUGCUCUGGGAAACUCUAUUCUGGAUCUUUACGUAAAAUGUGGGGUCUUUCAUUACGCAGAAGGACUAUUUGAAUCAGUCAUGGCAAAAGAUGUUGUGUCAUGGAAUAUAAUGAUAGGCGCAUAUUUACGUAUUGGAGAAAUGGAGAAGUCUCUCGACUUGUUCAGAUGGUUGCCGUUCAAAGAUGUUGCAACGUGGAAUACGAUCAUAGAUGGCCAUGCUCGAAAUGGUCUUGAAAUAGCUGCAUUAAACCUUCUCUAUCAGAUGGUGGAGAGUGGAACUUUAAUGAACCAAAUUACUUUCUCCAUUUCAUUGGUCUUGGUUUCUUCUUUGUCUGUUCUAGAGCUGGGGAGACAAAUCCAUGGCCGGAUCCUUAGGAUUGGAAUACAUAACGAUGGUUUUGUGAGGAAUUCACUCAUUGAUAUGUAUUGUAAAUGUGGACUCAUGGAGAAGGCGUCAGCAGUUUUCCAAGGUCUUGCUCUUGAUUCCCCAACGAAACAGAAUUCCGUGAUUGAUUGUGAUGAAAGAUCUGCGGCAUCUGUUACAUGGAGUUCACUUGUUACUGGGUACAUUCAAAAUGGUAGGUUAGAAGAUGCUUUCAAGCUUUUUUAUACUAUGGUUUACAAACGCAAUGAGAUGGACAUUUUCACCCUCACAAGCAUAAUUUCUGCAUGCGGGAAUGCUGGGCUUUUGGAGCUCGGUCAACAAAUCCAUGCCCACAUCCUUAAAAUCGGGCACAAAUCAGAUGUUUUCUUGGGUUCAUCCAUGAUUGACAUGUAUGCGAAAUGUGGAAGGUUAGAUGAUGCUUGGUCAAUUUUCAAACUGAAUAAUGUUCGAAAUAUUGUGUUAUGGACUUCAAUCAUCUCUUGUUAUGCUUCUCAUGGGCAAGGGCAUAAGACUAUUUGGCUUUUUGAGUUGAUGCUGAAUGAGGGGAUUAGACCGAAUGAAGUGACUUUCAUAGGGGUUUUAACUGCAUGCAGUCACGCGGGUCUCCUCAAAGAAGGCUGCAAAUAUUUUAAUUUAAUGAAAGAAGGUUACGGCAUCAAAGCUUCAGUCGAGCACUUUACAUGUAUGAUAGAUCUUUUUGGUCGGUCUGGUCGCCUUGAUAUGAUAACAGAUUUUAUUUAUAAGAAUGACAUCUCUCAUAUGAGUGCAGUUUGGAAAGCAUUUCUAUCUUCCUGCCAAGUUCACAAAAAUAUUGAGAUGGCAAAGUGGGUUUCUGAAAAACUACUUGAACUUGAACCAUUAGAAUCAGGGCCUUAUAUUUUGUUAUCGAACACUUGUGCAACCAAUCAGAAAUGGGAGGAGGUGGCUAAAUUGAGGGCUUUGAUGAAACAUAGGGGUGUUAGGAAACACCCGGGCCAAUCUUGGAUUUAAUUGAAGAAUGUAGUCUACACUUUUGUCAUGGAAGAUAGGGUUUCAUCCACAAGAAGCUGAAUUUUAUAUUACAUGAACAACCUAAUCAGAAGGCUACAUGAAAUUGGGUAGUCAAUGGAUGUGGAUAUGUCGUUGCAAGGUUUGGAAGAUGAGCAAAAACAAUUGCCUGUUGGUUUCCAUAGCAAGCAGCUUGCAAUUGAUCAUGGUAUCCAUUCCACUAGUUGCAAGAUGUGGAAGAUGAGCAAAAAGAAUUGCUUGUUGGUUUCCAUAGCGAGAGGCUUGCAGUUGCUUAUGGUCUCCAUAGUUGCGGGGCACUUAUUUGGGACAUGAGGAAUCUCCGAGUUUGUACGGACUAUCAUAAGUUCAUCAGUUUUGCAUAUUAUCUUUUGAAU